AUGGAGGCUUUACAUGAAACAAAAGAUGUUUUCGGAAGAUAUCGAAGGACGGAACCUACAUUUUUAAUAGCAGCUAGAGGAAUAGUAUUAUUGAUUAUUAUAGCUUUGCUCGCAGGAUAUUUUGCCAUUUUAACGAUUUUCUUGGUAUCUGAUGGUGGUGUUAUUACAAGUAAUUUGGAACCAUCGCCAAUAAUUCCUAUUCCAGAUGGCAGUGAAUCGACACCCGAAGAAUGUUCACCUUAUGUCCUUCAACCAUCAUGUAAUAAUUCAACCUCAGAUGAUCGUUGGCAUGGAUACUUUACAGCAACAGAAGGACUUAUGUUUAAUCAGAAAGAGAAACGAUAUGCGAUGUACUUUACAAUAUAUAUUGAUGAUCCAAGAUAUGUUCGGGAUAAUGAUAAAGGGAUGUUGAUAAAAGCUUUUGAUUCAGAAUUUAAUCCCAUUACGGUUCCAUUGAGCGUCAAUGAAUCGGCGUAUAAGAUAGAUGGAGAAUUUUUCCAAUCGCUUGAUGAUUUGAAUCUACACGUUAUUGGAUUUCAACAAAUGAAUUGGAUGUUUAUGAAUAGGCAUAUUAGAAGAAAAGAAGUUUCAAAUUUUUGGACUAUAUUAGGUAUUCCACCUAGCCAUUUUGAAGAGAAAUAUAUUACUACUAAAUAUGAAUCCGUAACAAAUCCUGGAACUGCUGCUUUAGCUUCUAAUCAGACUAUUACCGGUCAACAAUUCUAUGCUAAUUUAUUUGUUGGAACAAUGAAUUGGUUUCAAAAUGUAGAAACGGAAGGAAAUUUACUUGCUGGAUUCUAUGGUCUUCUUAUCGGAAUAUAUAUAUUAUGUUUCGGAUUUGCACCGGUCCAUCCGUGGGGUCUCUGUCAAAGCUUCUUUUUGCGUCGUCGCGUAAAGCAAGAACUUCAUAAAAAAGAAUAUCCAAAAGCAAUUCCAUUGAUCGAACGACCACGUACAAAUGAAACUUUAACGGAGCGUAUAGAUUAUCUAGAACAAUUCUUAAAACAAUUUUUCUGCGAUGUUAGUUUUAUGGAAGACCUAAAAGAAGAAAGAGAAUUAGAUGAUGCAGAAAAUAAAAUCGAAACGAUUGGAAAAUGUGAACAAUCUUAUACCUCAUUAGAAUAUCUGAAAACAAAAUUUUUCCGUAGAGAGGACUAUUCAAAUACUGACCUUGCAAAUUCAAUAAUGAAUCUGAUUAGGUCUUCACUUUUAGCCAAUUCUAGUAGCAACGGAGAUCCAAUCGAUUUAGAGUAUCUUAAUAAAUUAUUUCAGAGCUUAAUAAAUUUUAUAAUGGUUAGAAAGGCUCAGAUAGCGAUAUAUCGUGCUAUACCAAAUUACUUUUCGGAUAUUAACUCUGAAUAUCUUAUUCGUGAAAUUGAAUCUGUCAUAACCAAAGCUACUGAAAAAAAAUCGUGUGAAGAUUUAAGCCCUUUGACUAUUGGUGCAGAAGGAAUUUGCUCAAAUCAAACUUACCCUGAGAAAUCAAAUGAAAUUGAAGAACCCGUUGGUCCAUUCGUUGCUAUCCAAAAUUUCUUUACUGGUCAAGAAAGACAAGCAAGAAAUAUCAAACGUGGCAAUGUGUCACCUAAUAAUAUGCAAUGGCUUGACAAAUUUCUAUCUAAUCUCACCGCCAAAAUGACAUUAUAUUUCAUGAAUAUUCUUUUAGAAAGAGAAAAAAAAAUUGGGGGUGAUUCUAAGACAUUAUGGAGAAAAUUUUCUGACGAUUAUAAUUACCAGGGAUUAAUACGAAGUUUUCGAGGUCGAUCAGGUGCACAUAGUAUAGCUUUGUUGUAUGAAAUUACUGAUGAUGUACCAUUCUGUCAAGAUGGGUAUUCUUGUACUACUACGCCAUGUGAAAAACCAACCGGAAUAGAUUCUUUUCCUUGCAUAUACUCCUUUCCAGAGGAGCAGCCAAAAGAACAUUGGCAAAAUAUAAUAUCAUUCAUUCAAGAAAAAGAUGAAAAGAAACAGACACCUUUUACAAGAAGUUUUCCAAUACAUUCUUUUGAUAAGAAUACGGGUUGUGCUUACUAUUUUAUUCGAAUUGAUGAUCAUGUAUUGUUAGUUGUUUUAUUUACAGAAAAGCAUUCAUCACCUGAUAAUAGUAUAUCUGAAUUUAUCAUGUUAUUAGCUAACAGAUUAAGUGGGAUAGAUGUUCUGAUUAAUUUACAAAAAUUUGGUGAAUAA